CCGCGACUGCAAUGUCAACCCGAGAAAAAGAAGAAACAGCUUUCUCCCCCGAGUUCCCGAUAUCCUUUCCCUUAACUCCCCAAGGGCUCAGAACCACCAUUCCUCUCCUCUCUUUCUCCCUAAUUUCAUCAUGUUCAAUCUUGCCCGCGGUCGUUCCGUUGCUACCGCCUUCCGGGCUGCGACAAAGCCUUCCGUCUCUUCUCGCCUGGGUCAGCAGCAGCGCAACCUGUCUAUCCACGAGUACCUCUCCGCGCGCCUCCUGAAGCAGUACGGUGUUGGUGUGCCCAAGGGUGAGGUCGCUCACACCCCUGAGGAGGCUGAGGCCGUUGCCCGGUCCAUCGGUAACGAUGACAUGGUCAUCAAGGCCCAGGUUCUUGCCGGUGGCCGUGGUAAGGGUCACUUCACUAACGGUCUUAAGGGUGGUGUCCGGGUUAUCUACUCUCCUACCGAGGCCAAGAUGUUCGCCGACCAGAUGAUCGGCCAGAAGCUCAUCACCAAGCAGACUGGUGCCGCUGGUCGCGCCUGUAACUCUGUCUACAUCUGUGAGCGCAAGUUCGCUCGCCGUGAGUUCUACCUCGCUGUCCUCUUGGACCGUACUACCCGUGGUCCCGUCAUCGUCGCCUCCUCCCAGGGUGGUAUGGAUAUCGAGACUGUCGCCAAGGAGAACCCCGAUGCCAUCCUCACCACUCCCAUUGAUAUUCACGUCGGUGUCACCGACGAGAUCGCCCGCACCAUCGCUACCGACCUUGGUUUCUCCGAGCAGUGCAUCGAGGAGGCCAAGACCACCAUCCAGAACCUCUACCGUGUCUUCAUGGAGAAGGAUGCCACUCAGCUCGAGAUCAACCCCCUGUCCGAGACCUCCGACCACCAGGUUCUGGCCAUGGAUGCCAAGCUCGGAUUCGACGACAACGCCGAGUUCCGCCAGAAGGACAUCUUCGAGCUGCGCGAUGAGAGCCAGGAGGAUGCUGAUGAGGUCAAGGCUGCUGAGCACGGCCUGAACUUCAUCAAGCUUGAUGGUGACAUUGGUUGCCUCGUCAACGGUGCCGGUCUCGCCAUGGCCACCAUGGACAUCAUCAAGCUGAACGGUGGUAGCCCCGCCAACUUCCUUGACGUCGGUGGUGGUGCUACCCCCGCUGCUAUCAAGAGCGCUUUCGAGCUGAUCACCAGCGACCCCAAGGUGUCUGCCGUCUUCGUCAAUAUCUUCGGUGGUAUCGUCCGCUGUGACGCCAUCGCUCAGGGUCUCAUCAACGUUGUCAACGAGAUGAACCUGCGCACCCCCAUCAUUGCCCGUCUCCAGGGUACCAACAUGGAGCAGGCUCACAAGCUGAUCAACGAGUCUGGUCUUAAGAUCUUCUCCAUUGAGGACCUCCAGACCGCCGCUGAGAAGUCCGUCCAGUUCUCCAAGGUCGUCAAGAUGGCCCGCGAGAUCGAUGUUGGUGUCGAGUUCACCCUGGGUAUCUAAGGGAUUCCCUUAAGGUUGAAGUCAUAGAUAAGGGCAUGCAUUUGGGAGCCCGCGGGCGUGUUGUAGCGACUUAUUAGAGAAUCCCUGUGGACGCUGCGAUGCCCGUUCCUGUGUCAUUUAUUUUUCUUUUGUCACUGUAUUCUUGAGUGUUUCUAGGUCCUUUUUAUAUUAUGAUGUCCUAAUUGGAAGAGGAUGUGAGGUUUGAAA